UUUAAAUCAACUACUUAAGUCAGUCGUACUUAAUAUUCGAACAGAUACGGUCGGUUUUAAUGAAAACAAAAUAUAAAUUAGAAUUACACGCGCGAGCGAGCGAGCGACACUGGUGACAUUCAGUGAGGAGGAUCGUUUAUGAUAUUUUUUUUUUGGUUUUUUGGAGAAAGAUUUUUUUUUGAAUGUGAAUGAGUAAUAGAUUCCUCUGGAAGAAAACUUUUUUUGAGGAGGUCUUUCCGAAGUUUGCGAGAUCGCCUUCGGGGCAGUAGUAGUUUGUCAUCCCGGCUAGUACCCGUCAAACGUUCGCACGUUCUCUUCCGGCAGUGUCGAACUUGCUGAGCUUUAUGUGUGAGUGUUUAAGUGCUAGAUUACGGCAAAAUUACGUCUAGCUGCUCGCAUUUUGCCGUUUUGCCGAUUCCGAUUCGGCUGUGCCGAACCCGAGCGGGAACCCUCACUCGUGAGAAAUUGAUACGGCGCGGCCCGGAAAUGUAGAUUUAUGUGAAUAGAAGAGGGCAACAAAACACAAAUUCACACACAUACACUAGGAAUAGGAGGGAAGCUGAUCGUUUUUCUUCGGGUUGGAGUUUCGGCGCGCGUGCGCACACGUUCGAUCACGUUCGGACCGCUCGGUGCUGCUGCGGUACUCUUUGGUGGGUCUUCCGGACCAGGAACCGCGAACUAGUUCGUGCUGAGUCAGUGAUACGACCAUCUGUUUGUUGUUGUGAUCUAUGAAGAAUUGAUGCGAUUGCGUCCGUUGUGGGAACUUUGUGCAGAACUACGGUUCAAUGUGAUUUACAUGUGCUUUGGUGUGAUUUUCCAGUGUUGAUCGAAAAGUGUGCAAAGGGUCCCCGCGAAACCCAACAUUAAACCCGGUUGAGGAAAUUAAAGUGCAGCGUGCCGCGACAAUUUGCAUCCAAUCAGUGGAGCAACAUUUUUCAUCCCGAAUUUCGGUCAGCACUCCAAGGAUCAUAACUCAGAGCGCGGUAACGUCCGUGUGCAGUCCUGCGUCCACCGUGUGCCCUGUCCUGCAACAGCCGCAACAGUUCCUGUGGAAAGAAAAAUGGACGAACGAUCGCGGCCUCGAUAAAUCUGUGAUAAUGUCACGCUCUUCCCCAGCAUCUGUAUUAGCGUUAAGUAGUGUACCUGAGUAGUGUUAGCAAUAAAAAUAAAAUAAUGGAUAGUUUGUGAUAGUGGCCACCGCCCCCACCCCUCACAAUCAAGAAUGAACAGAGCAUCUAGCCCGUAUGGUUGUGGACAUCUAGGAUCAAGGAACGUCUCAUGCAUAGUAGAGCGUGCCAGUUGUUGGUCGUUUCCACGUCCUCGACGACGACAACAACGGGACCACCGCAACGAGAAUGAACCAGGUUCAGAGUGAUCUAGUGACGUCCGUAACAUUAUCAGCCACAAAAACAGCAACCGCAGCCAAACAAACGAGUAACAUCAUCAACGGCAUCGUCGGCGGCAAAACCGCAAAUGCCAACCAUCUCCUCAGUACCAAAUCAGCAGCAGCAGCAGCAGCAGCAGCAACAAUCCACAACAACAACAACAGUCUCAACAGCAGGAACCAGAACGUAACGUCCGGACCGGUCAGCAACAGCCACGGUGCGCACAGUGUUAUUCAUAUGACAAACGUCAGUGUGCCGCAGAAGCUUCUGGUCCCGAAUGGGAAAUCGCAGGCCCCGGCAGCGCCCUCGGCACCCGAUGCCCGCGCCAAGCAGGUCCUAAAGGAGGCAGUCGAUGCCGUUGUAAAUAGCUUCGCCAAACACACCCAGGGAUACGGUCGAGGUAAUUAACAUUUGAUUCCUAGCGUAUGCGUGAGUAGAGUGUUUAAAA